CCCUCGCCGCACUGCUGUCCACACCGAAAGACUAAACGAGCGCCACGCUCCCUCCGGGCCGACAUGCCUCCCGGGCUUGCCGCUCAGGGCUGGCGUGGGCCGGAGCCGGCACGAAGCUUUGCAUCCGUGCUGAACAGGAACAGACCCCGACCUUCUCCUCCGGACGAGUCUUUGUGCAGCCCUUCCAGAAACCAUCGCGUUGUGCUUCUGCUGAUCUUUCCCUGCUCCUUCUGCUGCCUCUGGUGGAGUUGUUUUUGCCUUGUGCGUGUGAAAUUUUCUAAAAAUAAACCUUGGUGUUUAAUUUCCCACUUCUUCAGUCUGUGAGAGUAGUUGCUGAGAUGACCUGAAUCCUCUUCUCUGGAGCCUGAACAGGAUGAUUGUUGAGGCGCCUGCCCAUGUGCAGAAGGCGGCCAGCUCGCACGCUGCGCUCCUUCCUGAAGCUGCUUCGCCCCAGAGCCCUGGCACCAAAAGUCCUGGAUGUGCUCCUCUUCUUCUGGCAGACCAUGUGGCCCUCUUCUGCUACAAGCUCUGCUGGGAAGCCCUCUUCCACCUGGCGCAGCAGGCUUGCUGCUCAAUGACUCUGUGGCUGGAGGACUUCGGGGAGACCCCCCCGGGGGGAGCCCCCCUCUCUGCUCCUGCAAGUCCCGGCCCCAAAGAAGCAGGUGCUGAGGAGCAGGAGGUGCCCAACCGGCCGGCCUCUGGCCACGGAGGGCUCCUGUCCAGGCUGUCGAGGCUGGAGGCGGAGGUGCAGUACCUGAGCCAGGAGCUGCGCGCUGAGAAGCUGCUGUGGAGCAGCCGCUACCUGGAGCUGCUGAGGGAGCAGCAGGGGCUCCUGGCACAGUUGCAGAGACAGGACCAGACUCUGUGGCUGCAGGACCUUGAAGGGCAGACCGAUGCUUGGGGGCCUCCAGACGGGCCCCGUGGCCCCAGCGAUCCUGGCUCCACAGCCAGGGGAGUGGGGACGCAGACAGGCGAAGAGGGCGCAGCCGGCCCGAGACGACGCAGGGAUGUCCCCGGCCAACAGGGAGCCUGGAGCUGGCUUCCCCCAACUUGAAAUCCAUGGUGAGCCAAUGGAUUAAAGAGGUCUCUUGAUGGAACCAAACAGCCCCACUUGCAAAGGGCACGGGAGGUUUUCUAAAAAAUCUCUGACCGGAUCUCUGCUGGAAAAGCCCCCGGCCAGGCGGGUCCCCACCCCUGCUCCGUCUCAAGAGGGUGGGCCUUCUGGACAGGAAGCGUGGCAUCGCCCACGGGACCCCCUGCCACCCUUUCCCACAGCUUCUCUGGUCUUCUGUGUCAUCUCACAUAACAAUCCUCUUAGAACGGAAAGGCCUGAAGGGACCCUCAAGGGAUCCUGGCAUCAAGGAGGUGCA